AUGGAUUUUCAGAAUAGAGGAGGUGCCAAGCCUGGAUCCGCUGCUGGGCUUGCAGAUAAUCAAGAUAUCAAUAGAGCUAGAAGGGAUAGGGAAAGGAAACUUGGUCUUGAAGUUAUUGAUAUUUCGAAGGAUCCUUACAUAAUGAAAAAUCAUCUUGGAAGCUAUGAAUGUAGACUUUGCCUCACCUCUCAUCCUACUGAAUCUAAUUAUCUCUCUCAUACUCAAGGAAAGAAACAUCAGCUGAAUUUGCAGAGAAGAAUGGAGAAGGAAGAAAGAGAAAGUACUGUGAUACAAGCUCCCAAAAUGAAAAUGCCAAAGAGAAGAAGACCAAAAAUUGGUCGCCCUGGAUAUAAAAUUCUUAAGCAGAAAGACCCAGAGACUAAUCAAAGAUCUCUUCUCUUCGAAAUAGACUAUCCUGAUAUUAUUGAUAAAGUAGAGCCAGCUCAUCGAGUUAAGAGUUGUUAUGAUCAAAAGAAGGAGAUUCCUGAUGAUAGAUAUCAAUAUGUUCUAUUCGCUGCUGAACCAUAUGAAACAAUCGGGUUUAAAGUGCCAAACAAAGAGCUUGAUACAACAUCUGGAAAGCAUUUUGAAGUCUGGGAUAAGGGAAAGAAGAAAUACUCCGUCCAAAUCUGAUUCAAAAACACUAGAACUACGAAAUCAUUACCUGCUCUUCCAAAGACAAGACAGUAA